AUGGACAUGGAUGAGGGCCGCCCCGGGGUGGCGGCGACGCUGCGGGCGCUGAACGGAGCCCUGGGGCGGCCAGCCGCGCUCUGGGUGAAGGAGAGCGGCGCCCGCAAUUUGCGCCACCGGGAUUUCCUGGCGCCGCGGGCCGCCCUGAGCGCCGCCUUUCCCGGCGGGCAGGUGCCCCCCGAGGCCGUGUCGGCGGUGCUGUCGCUGCGGGGCCCAGCAGUGCUGCCGCUGCGGGUUUGCCGGCAGACGCCGGCGGGGCUGGCGGUGCAGGUGCGGCGCCCUGAGGCCUUCCAGCGCCUGCUGGGGCCUCUGCCCGACCCAGCUUCCCCGGCGGCGGGGGCGCGGACGGGCUGCGUGGUGCUCCACUGCCCGGCCCUGCGCAACCCCGCUGCCCUGCGGCCCCGCCACCUCCGCUCCGUCCUGGUGGCCGACCACUUGGCCCAGCUGCUGCGCGCCCAGGGGGUCAGCGUCCGCCUGGUCCCUGCCCUCAGCGAUGAGAGGAGCUGGGACGUCGUGCGGCAGCUCCGCAUCUACUGGCCCUCCGGCUCUGGUGUCUCGUCCCUCACUGAUGCCGUCUCAGCCUUGAAGGUAGCGCUGGGCCGGUGCACCUGUGCUGCAGCCUGUGAGCAGGGGCCGGGCACAGCCGAGGGUGUCAUCUGCAAGGUGCACCUGAAGAGCUUCGUGGAGCAGCAGGGCUUGUUGGGCUACGACCCCAAUCUAGAUGUGCUUCUUGUGACAGAGGGGACACUGCGGUCCUUGGCUGAGCUGCAGGAAGCUGUUCUGCAGUGCCCAGCCAAAGGCCAGAGCAGUUCCUGCAGCAUCGUGCAUGUGGUGAACUGUGAGGAAGAAUUCCAGCUGCAGCAGCUGGAUGUGCUCUGGAGGAUUUUGGAUCCGGGAGCCCACACAGCUUUGCAGAAACACCUUGUCUGUGGGCCAGUGAAGGUGACCAACCCCUCAUCACCCAUUGGGGCAGACCAGUACUUCCAACUCCGAAAGCGCCAGAUGUAUGAAGCCUCUGUGAUAAAGUACGGGGAACUUGCACAAGAUGAGGCCUGGACAGAGGUGAUUGAUACCUUGACGGUGGCUGCCAUCAGGUUUGAGUUGCUGAGCACUGCUCACCGGAGUCAGAUCACGCUGGACUUGGAGAACAACAGCAUCUCCACAAAGGGAACAAAGAGCGGUGCCUUCGUGAUGUACAACUGUGCCCGACUGGCCACGCUCUUCAACGCCUUCCAGCAGGCUGUGGAGCAGGGCACAUAUCCACCUCUGCCACCAGUGUCAGAACUGAACUUCGCCUGCCUCCGAGAAGAGGGCGAGUGGCUCCUGCUCUUCAACUAUCUCCUGCCCUUCCCUGAAGUCCUGCAGCAGGCAGCACAGCUGCCCCCAUCCUCCAAGGGGAUCCGGAUCACUGCCAACACAGAGACAGUGUGCAAGUUCCUGAUCCAGCUCAGCAUGGAUUUUAGCUCCUACUACAACCGGGUGCACAUCCUGGGGGAGCCAUUCCCUCAUCUCUUUGACCAGAUGUUUGCACGCCUCCAGAUGCUGGGAGCAGUGAGGGAUGUGUUCCACAGUGCACUGGCAACCCUGCACCUCCCUCCUCUCAGCCAGAUCUGAGUCACCCCUGAAGAGCUGUACCAUGGUGUGACAGUCACCUACACACCAUAUGUUGUGGGGGAACAGGGCAAAUUCUCCUGGCAGGGCGAGGGGCUGCCCCAGUGGUAGGCAAGGCCAAAUUCAGCAGCAUGCAGGCUCUUCCCAUGGCCCAUGGUGUUUGGGGAUUGGUCUCUGCUCUGUGCAGCUGUGCCCAGUGUGGGACAUCGAUGCCCCUCCACAUCCACACCAGCAGAAGGCAAAAGGGUUCCUGUGGCACCCCAGAAGCUGGGCUGGGAGUACUGGAGAUGUGGUACUAGGGACCAGUCACCACAAAGCCAGACAAACACCAACUUCACCUCCCUCAAAACUUUAUUGAAGGGUGCUCCGUGCUGGCAGGGAGCUCCUGAGGCUCCAGGCUCCUGUUGGGCUCUGAGCCAGGCCCCAGUACUGGGGUCCAAUACACUUGUUGCUGGACAAACA